AUGAUACAUCGACUGCUGUCACGAUACAGAUUUCCAAUUACCCCAUAUGGUGUGUGCUCAAAAACGAUACAACAAAACAGCAUAGCGUCAAAUUUUUGUAAGCGUAAUGAUACAGCUUCCAAAGCAUUAUAUUCUACAUCAUAUGUAUCAUCAAGACGAACAGCAAAACUCAAUACAUGCAAGAUUCACGUUCAAAAUGAAAAUAUUCCUCAGACAUUUCGAGAAACUCAAAAUUUUGAGUUACUUCUGAACACUGCCUUACGGGAAGUUCACAACAAGUAUGUCUUUCUAAAGAGUUCCGACCGAAAUGAGUACCAUCUGAAACAGUUAACCUGGGAUAGUUUGUGCUCCUCCAUCCAGAAACAAUUAGACGAUAAAGAACUUCCUUUGAAGAUAAAGAACUUUCCAGUUCGAUUAUCUGAGUACAUACAGCCUCUUGAUGAUUCAAAAAUCAUUUUACAAUUACUAAAUAUUGACAAGAUUUCACAUAAAGCUUGGCAAGUUUUACUAAAGGAGCAAAGUCCAACAAUUGAACGUAAAUUUCAGUAUCUUUUUUUAAAACUGCUGAGCUAUAACCAUGAAAAGAAAACGUUGCCAUCUGCGGUGCAGGCUUCCGAAUCCAUCAGUAUUACAGACCCAAUUGACUGGUUUCCCGAGACAAGAAAGAUUAGACGCCACAUUAUAAUGCAUCUGGGUCCAACAAAUUCAGGGAAGACAUAUCGCGCAUUGAAGAGGCUAGGAGAAGUUGAUAGAGGAUAUUAUGGUGGCCCGCUUCGUCUACUGGCUAGAGAAGUUUAUGAUAGAUUCAAAUCAGAAGGAACUAGAUGCAAUUUACUAACUGGUGAGGAGGUUAUUAAUGAUCUCGAUGAACAUGGUGAAAAAGCUGGCUUAACAUCAGGUACAGUUGAGAUGAUUCCAUAUUCCCAGGACUUCGAUGUUGUGGUAUUAGAUGAAAUUCAAAUGCUGGGAGAUGAGGACAGAGGAUGGGCAUGGAGUAAUGCCCUAUUAGGAGUUAAAGCGAAAGAAAUUCAUUUAUGUGGAGAGAAAAGUGUCCUGCCAGUAAUCAAAAAGAUUACUGCAUUAACUGGUGACAAAUUGACAAUCAAUGAAUAUGAAAGGUUGGGCGAGCUUUCUGUUGAAUCUAGAUCAUUAAAAAACGGCAAUAUGAGAAAUCUUAGGAAAGGAGACUGUCUCGUUGCCUUUUCUAAGAAGAAAAUUUUGGAUUUGAAGUUAAAAAUUGAAAGAGAGACAAAAUUCAAAGUUGCUGUUAUAUACGGUUCCUUACCACCAGAAACAAGACUUCAACAGGCUUCUUUAUUCAAUAAUGGUGAAUACGAAAUUCUUGUUGCAUCGGAUGCGAUAGGCAUGGGAUUAAACUUAGCCAUUGAUAGGAUCAUAUUCAUGACUGAUGUGAAAUUUAAUGGUAAAGAAUUGGUCAAUUUGACUGCAUCUAAUAUAAGACAAAUAGGUGGACGUGCAGGAAGAUAUAAAGAUACCAAGGAUGAGCCUUCAAAGGGCUUCAUAACUGCAACGAAGUCUAGUGUUCUUAAAUCAAUCCGCGAUGGUAUGGAAGCGCCAAUGUCAUACCUGGAUAAAAUAGUGGUGUGGCCUACUGACGAGAUAUGUGCAAAAUUGAUGGUAAGAUAUCCACCAAGAACGAAGCUAAGCUUUCUGUUGAAGAAAUUUGAAGAGCAAUUAGAAAAUCAUUCUAAGCAACUUUUCAAAUUACCUGAUCUGGAAAGCAAGUUGAAGACUAUUGAUUUGUUCGAGCGUAUGAAUACUAUUCCAUUCCACGAGAAGUUGCGGUUAAGUACAGCACCAGUGAAGGAUGCUCCACUUGUCAAGGACGCUUUCAAACAAUUCUGCGAAACCAUUUCAGAAAGAUAUACUAAGAGUUUGCUAUCCUACGAUUUCCCAUUCCACACACUAGAUUACAGUUACAUACAAAAUGAAAGAUACGACCUCGAACAUUACGAGUCGUUAUACAACAUCAUUACGUUGUUUUUUUGGCUAAGCAACAGAUAUCCCGCGUACUUCAUCGAUACAGAGUCUGCUAAAGAUUUGAGAAACUUUUGUGAACUUAUCAUUUUCGAGAAAUUAGACAGAUUGAAGAAGAAUCCUUACCAACGUGGCGUUUCCCUUCCUUACAGGGAUACAUUCCACUCCAAACCUGACUUCAGAAGAGCACUAACAAAACCAACUCCUGCUUAUAGACAACACAACGCUUAUAUAGCUCGAUGA